UUGUUUUUACAGGCAAUACUUCAUUCCGGCUCACAGCCACUACAUGCUCCCAAUGGUCAGAGUUAUUAUUUCGAUGAUAAGAAUUAUCAGGGUAAGCCGGGUUAUUUCAUGUGCUCGAUGCCGCUGGAUGAAGUGGUGAAAACCGUACAGGAAAAUUCACCUCCCGCAACAACCGACGAAUCCGGUAACUCAACUACAGUAACACCGGAACAGUUCUUCAAAACUGUAAGUCACUAG